AUGACCGGCACUAGAAGCAAGACCAAGAGCGAAAGCGAGGUCCAUAUCCUCGAUUCUUUCAUGGACGACAAGGACUGCUACGCACUGACACUCUUGGUCAAGGACUUUCGCUUCCAUAUCAUGGUCAGUCCAGAUGACUUGGCAUCUUCAAGCGACGGCGACCAUGUUGCAAAGGAAUAUCUUUCGCUCAUCAGAGCGGUAAAAGUACGCGCGGAUGAAAGUGAAAACAAUGACGACAACCCGGAUUCUGCAUACAGACCUGGGACAAUCCCAAAGGAAGACAACGAUGACAAAUCCAACAAGCGAGAGCAGCGGAGCGCGAACCAAGACAGCGACAGCGGCGUGGACGUGAGGGACGACGCAACCAGCAAUGACGAUAAGACGCAAACUGGCAACGAGGAGCCUGUGCAAGUCAACGAAGAUGUUGAAGUAAAGUUGCAUGAGUGGAUGCUCAAGCCGGUUUCGAAUAUUUUCGAUGCUUUGCCAUCCAUUUCAGAUGACGGCGAUCUUCAGUCAUUAAUAGAUUGGUAUUCAGGGCCGACAUAUUUCUAUACUUUACACGGCAAAGAUGGUGAACUUGACUGCCAACAACUAGAAGCGAGUGAGGAACUUGAGGAAAGAAUCAAGAACCUAAUUCCCAAGAUCUCGAUACCAAAGUACAUCAAGAGGUUGGAUAUUCCCUGGUACAACGCCAGUGACAUUAUCGUACUAGCUGAGAGCGAUGAUCCGGCUCCCUACCGACCAUGCCAGGUUCAAGCUGGCGGCGAUAAAUAUUACCUCAAAACCGUGGACAGAGAUCAGCCUCAACCCACCAGGAGGGAAAUCAAGCUCAUGAAGGAAAUCGAGUCAAAGCGUCUGCACGAGAAGAUGCGCGUGCCGCUGGUCACGGGACUCGUCGGGUGGGAAGACAGCAAGUCCGAGAUCAUGGGCUUCUUGAUGACAAACAUUGAGGACCCGACACCUCUAACGAGAAUGCUGGAUUCAGAUGUCGUCGAGGAGAAGCGGGAGAAAUGGGCGCGGGAAACAGAGCGCAUGGUCAAGUUGCUGCACGACAAUGACAUCGUCUGGGGCGACGCAAAGGCCGACAACUUCAUGGUCGAUCGGCAUGGCGAUCUCUGGAUCAUUGACUUUGGCGGCAGUUAUACAGAUGGGUGGGUCGACCCUGAACUGAUGGAAACUGAAGAGGGUGACGAUAUGGGAGUUGAAAAGAUCGUAAACGCUCUCGAGGAUCCAGAGGCAAAUACUUAUGAUCCAACGGAAGAAGUCGAGCAAAUGGCUGGAAAUAAAAGGGCAGCAGACGACAGUACCUCUGAUGCAGACAGUAAUACGGCCGGAGACAAGCGAAGGAAGCUUUCCAACACGGAAAGGGAUUGA